UUGCCUACGCAACUACAUGCAAAGACUAGGAUGAUGAGAACUGAGGCGAGUUUCAACCAGCUAAAAUUGUUCGCUGCAAUGUCAAUCAAAACAAUACGAUUCAACCAAUGGCCCAGUGCGGAGCCUGGGACUGGAGAGUUUUUUUUGCAGACGUUCAACGCCGCAAGCAGUGCCAGUGUGGUCGUUGUGAAGUAAGGCAACAGCAGCUUGUGCAUUGCUGGGGACAAAACUGUGACUCCAAACUUUCAAGAGCCACUCUCUCCAUGUCAUUUCUCUCCAACAACCCGCUGCUGCUCCGGGGUCUCUGACGGCAGCGCAUCUACUUGUAGGCGUACGUGAGCGCACUGUAGCAAUGUAGCCGGCUGCAGGACUGAACAACGUAUUACCUGCGUGUGGUGCUGAUCUCAGCUCGCGAGCGAGGAUCUCUCCAUCAGGUACCAAUUAUUGGCCUACAAUAGUGGCUAGUAGCUAAUACCACGCGGGCUACAAUCAGCUUGUGCCACACACACACACACAGAAUAUGGCAACGAUGUCCUGGGAGCAAAGGCUGCAGCAAUUCGUCGAAGCUAAGGGUACCAGUACCAGUGAUGGUGAUGAUGCUGGUGGUGAUGGUGCCGGGCUACCGGCUGCAGUGUCGGCCGCAUCGGAGGCGGACGUGGAGCAGAUGACGGCGCAGUGCAUUGCCGACUGGCACACGCCGACUGCUGCCGCCGCUGCAGCAUCCAUUUACCAGCACAUACCUCGAUUCUACAGAAAGUGUCCGGAUGAGAACGAUGCAGUCCGUAUGAGAGUGAGAGAGGAAGCACGAGCACGUCAUGUGCAGCGUCUUAGCAAGGAGAUGUUGACGAACAGCGACCUUGAUGUUGUCUGGGCUCUUCUACAGACGCAAUACUCCAGUCAGGAGAAUGAAGAGAAGAUGAUCAAUUUUGACGACUUUGUGCGCGUAGGCCAAGAGGCCGGCGAAAAGUUCAGGUUACCCAUCAGUCGCCUGUAUGCCUACAUAAUGAGAAAAGUCUGGCUGCAGCAGACGCGCAUAGGCCUGAGUCUGUACGACUCGCACGGCACCGGGGUUCUCCUUGAAGUCGAUUUUGAAAACUACAUCCUGGAGCUGAUUCCCACUCUUCCUCAGUUGAAUGGCCUGGAAGACUCGUUCUAUUCAUUCUUCGUCUGCACCGCCGUGCGCAAGUUCUUCUUCUUCCUUGACCCGCUGAGGACAGGCAAGGUGAAGGUGCAAGACAUCAUGUCCUGCAAGUUUCUUGACGAGCUUCUUCAGCUACGCGACGACAAGCUGACGGCCGACCAGCAACGUUGCAACUGGUUUUCAGCACCGCACGCUCUGAGGGUAUACGGUCAGUACUUGGCAUUGGACCUCGACCACAACGGCAUGCUCAGCAAGCAAGAGCUGAUGGGGUACGGUACUGGGACGCUGAGUCCCGUGUUUGUAGACCGUGUGUUUGACGAGUGUCUGACCUACGAAGGAGAGAUGGAUUAUAAAGGUUAUCUGGAUUUCGUACUAGCUAUGGAGAACAGGAAGGAACCGCAAGCAUUGCACUUUUUUGUGCGUCUACUGGAUGUGCAGAAUCUCGGAUACAUUGACAUGUUCUCCGUCUACUAUUUCUUCAAGGAUAUACAGCGUAUGUUGGAAGCGCAUGGCCAGCCAAUGGUUCAGUUUGAAGACGUGAAGGAUGAGAUCUUUGAUAUGGUCAAGCCGGUGGAUUCGCUCAAAAUUACACUGGAAGAUCUGCUAAGAUGUGGGCAAGGUGAUACGGUGAUAAGUCUUCUCAUCGAUCUCAAGGGGUUCUGGCUUUACGAGAAUCGAGAGCAGCUUGCCGCUGAUCCGUCCCAACUCGACGCGGAAGACGAAGACGACGAUGAAGUGGAUGACAUGGAGCUGGCUAGCUCGGUUCCUAGCGGCGGCCAUGUUGGUAACCAAGGUGAUGGUGCAGGCGGCCAUGUUGGUAACCACGGUGAUGGUGGUGGCGACAGCCAGGAUGUCCUGCCGGUGGAGCGGGAGUUCCGCGAGAUGAGCGUGCAGGAUUUGGAGUGAAGCUGUUUUGUGUGUGUGUGUGGGGGUGCUUGUGUACGUGUGUGUCUGGCGUAGUGGAUGGUGUAGAGUGGAGAGAGAUCUUAGUGUAAACUAUGCGGGAUUAGAAAUUACUUUCUUUUUGCAUGCAAUGUACUGUACUGUUUACCUUACUGUGCAUUGACCUUGAUUCGUUUAAUACCUUGACCAUGAUCUUUGUCUACCAGUCAGUCAUGCAGUCUAUCUGGAGAUCAUCACGAGAAAACGUUCUUGAUAGAAAUAAACUGUUCCAAU